UUCAUCUUUACCAAAUGAAGGUUUUGUAAAAAUGACAACUGACAGUGGGAUCAAGAAUGCUUGUUGGCAAAGUUUAGGAAACGCAAAGGAUGUUGUUUGUCGUCAAUUGGGUUACAAAGAAGCACACUCACUGCUUCAAAAAGCUGCUCCAUCGGACUUGAAAGAUGUAAUAUUUUCUGGAAGUAUAGUGUGUAGUGAUGGUGAUAAAAAAUUAUCUCAAUGUUCGGUUACCGCUUCUUCCCAAAGUUGUUCGAAGUUCUCAUACUUAAAAUGUAAGUUUUUACAAAAAGGAUGAGGUGCAUGGGACUUAACAUGGUGCUUGGGACAUGGAGGAAAAUAAAGAAUGAAAGAGAUAAAAACAAAAUUCGUAACAUUUAAUCUCCAUGUUUUAGGUCAUAUUUGUCCACGGCCAUUGUUGGGAGACAAACAAAGAUUUCCAGAUUCGUCAUUCAUUGCCUCAGCUUCUUCAGAAAGUCGUAGUCCCUCUGAUGCAAGAAUAUCUAGUGGCAGUUCUUGGUGUGCUCCUGUCUCGGAUGGCAAACAUUAUCUUCAAGUGGACUUUGGAAGACUUUAUGUUUUGUAUUAUGUUGCAAUAUUUGGAGAUAGUACCAGUUCCAAGUGGGUGGCCACAUAUAACUUGAAUUACACUGUUGAUUUGAUAAAUUGGAGAUCAGCGUGGAACCAAACGGUAAUUGCUAUAUAUUAUUUUUCAGUUUAUACUCAUUUGCUAAUAUAUAAGUUUGAAGCGGAAUAUAACGGUAUAACUUGAAGAAAAGAAAUAUUUCUUUAUUUUAUACGCCUGCAAUUAUUAAAUCUAUUAUUUAAAGUUCUGCUUUUACUAUUGUCUUUAGAUCUCCGGAAACAAAAAUGCUUACAAUCAUGCAGCCAUACAAGAUUUUCCUGAAGGCAUAACAAGAGCUUUACGGUUUAUACCAUUAUCAUAUGUUGGUCAACCGUGUAUGAGAAUCGAAAUCUGUGGAGUUGGUAAGUUAUUAAUCAACAAAUGGAUAUAAAUCAACAAAUUAAAUUAUUUCUAUUAUUAUGUAAUAAUUGACUGUCAUUACACCUUUACACACAAAUCAUUUAGGAAUGUUUUAUUCAAAUCUCCGAUACCCUCAGUCGUGUUUUGAUGUGUCUAUAGCACGUGUAUCGUGGCACACAGAGAUGAAAAUGUUAUUUUACUAUAAUUCCUUUCUUUCUAGCCCUGUUACCAGAUAAACCUACAACCCUCACGGUCACUAACAUCAAGGCAAGAAGUGCUAGGAUAUCUUGGGCGGAUCCUAACAACGUAGGAGAUGGAAAUCGUACAGGAUUUUGGUUUAAACUGAAGAAAGAGAACUUUGUCAUCCAGAAUAUUACCGACUAUAACGAAAAUGAAUACGAAAUACACAAUCUCACAUCAUACACAACAUAUAAAAUAUCUGUAGCUGUUGGAAAUAAGCAUGGUUUUGGUGAAGAGAUUAUUACUUCGUUCACAACAUCAGAAGAAGGUGAAAUAGAUAAAAGAUAUACAAUUCAUUGGAUUAUUUGUGAAUCAGCAGAGUGUGAAGUUUGCUUUAAUUUCUUACAAAAUUAGUAGGUGCUUUUACACAUUCAAAUAGGUUGACAGAUUGUUCCAUAUUUAAUGGUUUGAAACUGUAACAGAAUAUUUGUGAUUAUUACAGAUUAUGACCUUGAUCGUCGAUGUCAUUGAAGAAAGAUUAGUCUGAUGUUCGUUUUAUUUUUGUCCAACUAGCUUUUCUUAAACGUUGUAAGCAUUACUCUGCGCGACUGGUUCUCCUAGGGAAGGUACCAUGUUGGCUAUGUGCAAUAGACCUUAUGUAUAAUGACGUCACAAAGCUUGAUGCCCGCGAGGAAUGCUGGUCUUAGUAGUCAUCGCCUGGGAAAAUUUCCACAGUGGCCAUUUUAAAUUGUUCAAUUUUCUCGCACGAUGAUUACUAAGACCAGCAUUCCUCGCGGGCAUCAAGCCUUGUGACGUCAUUAUGCAUAAGGUCUAUUGCAACAACUCUCGCACACAAUAGUGAUAUUCUCGCACAUCAUGGCUAAGUUGGUUCCAGUGCGCGUAUUGUCUCCUUCCUCAUACACCUCUAACCGAAACACUAUUUAAUUUUAUAAGAAAUAACUUACCGAAUUAUCUCAUUCAAUUUUUAGCUCCAGAAGGUCCGCCACUGAAUGUCAAAGUGACUGUAGAAUGUUCAUCAUCAUUAUCUGUCACAUGGGAACCUCCUGAAAAAGACAAAAGAAAUGGUAUUAUCGACAGUUAUACUGUGUGUAUCUCACAUGAAGAAAGUAAACCUUGCUUUGAAAAGCAAACUGCAAAGGAAAGGAUGUUAGUUAUCGCAAGUUUGAAUGCCUCCACCAAAUAUUAUGUUCGUGUUCUUGCAAGUACUAAAGUUGGUUCUGGAAACUACAGUGAAAGUAAAGGAAAAUUUACCAAUGAAAGUAAGUGUUCUCUUUGCAUUAGACGUAAUGAAUAAAAGAAAGGAAUAACUCUAAGCAAUAUUUGUAAAUCGGAUACAGAUUUCGUCCUGAUUUAGAUAAACUUUAGCUUUGAUUUUUUCGAUUACUUAGAAGAAUACAGAUCAGUUUCUCAUGCUUUAUAUCUUACUUAUUAAAUAAUUAAUAAGUCUACAUAUUUUCUUACAGAAUGACCAAAGUUUUCUUAAACGUUUAUAUCUGUAAGUGCAUCUUAGCCAGCGUGGCUAGUUUCCUAGAGAAGUUACCAAGUCAGUUGUAUGGAAUUGAAAAAACUCACACACUCAUUGUUUACUACAUCGUAGUAUUCUUAAUCCUUUCAAAUUUCAGGCAAAGAGGAAAAUGAUGAUGGUUCUGAAAAAUAUCUUGCCGGAAUAAUAGUGUUAGCAAUUGUGCUGGUCAUGUCAUUCGUGAUUAUUGCAUACUUAAUCUACCAAGUACGUCGACUCAAAUCAUCAAAGCCAAACCCGGAGAACACUAAGAACGAGGACAAAAAUAAUUCCGAAGAAAUUGAUGAAAAUCCUGACAAUGAUGAUGCGAAUUAUGAAGACGUGGAAAAUGAAGUGUCAGCGUAUACAGCUCUCAAAAGACCUGGCCCUGGGGAGGAAGAAAAUGAUGUUCAUUUAUAUGCCCAUCUAAAUGAAGUACACGCGGAUUACGUGAUUCCGAAGGAAACUGGAUUUUAAGGGGGCUCUUGUACGAAGCCUCUUUGGUUUAUCCAGUGAAUAAGCUACAGUAAGUAUAGAAAAACAUGUCGGCAUACAUUUGUUAAACAACCAAACUGAAUGUUUACGACUUCAAUAGAAAAGUAUCAAUCUGUAUUAAUUACUUAGGCCUGUUUUAUACGUCGAAUUUCGGUCGCGUCGAAUGCAAUUCAAACAAUAUAGAUAAUGAAGCUUAAUGAGGUUUAUCAUAUCAUUAUCUAUUGUCUUAAUUGCAUUCGACGCGACCAAAAUUCGACAUAUAAAAUGGACCUUAGACUAUUAUCGUUAUAUCUAAAAUACAUUAAACAUAAUCUAUAGCCGUCUUUAUAUUGCAAACUAGGCAUGGCCUGAUCCUUGUUCUGGCCUAUAUUUUGGUAGAGUGAACAAACUUUGCCAUAGCCUAACUAUAGUUAUCAAAUCUUUGUCCAGUUUGACGUAAUUCUACAUCUUCCUACAUUCAUUAUCAUUUAAUUUACUGGCGCCAUUUACUACUAGUCAUGCGGUUUUACACCUUUCAUCAAGAGUUUCAAUGGUUUUCAACAAUAUGGACAUACAGGUUAAAGUUUUUUGGCUGAUACGUUCCCAAUGUUUAAGAUGUUUAAUUAAAAAACUGCCUGCAUUUGGUUUAUCUAUAUGGUGGAAAAGCUCAAUAUAGAAAACAAAGCAUACCU